CGGUGUUGUCCACCCUGCGCUUAGGCUCUCUGCCACGCGUGUGGUGGAUACCCACAGGUCCUCUUGGUCUGUUGCCCAUCCACGCUGCCGUUCCUGCCAAUCCUGACGAGCCUGGCGCACCCGACCUCAUUACCUCGUCGUAUUUGGUUUUUGCUGCAGAGUCUCGUGUGGUGCUACCGCAACAUACGCGAUCAUAAUCCUGCCAAGCCACGGCGCGUGCUUAUGGUAGCCCAGCCCAAGGUGGACAACUUUGUAGCGCUCCCCUCCGUUCAAGAGGAACUCACGGGCAUGCGCCAAGCUCUGCCUGAGGACAAGCUCAUUGUUCUCGAAGGCGAAAGAGCAAACCUGGUCAAUGUGACACGCGCGCUGGGAAAGGCGACCUGGAUUCACUUCGCCUGCCACGGCCAUCAAGAGCAAGGCAAUCCGCUCGAAAGCUGCUUGGUUCUUUCAGACGGAAAGCUCAUGAUAGACAGCAUGAUCGCGAACCGGUUCGAGAACGCCGAUUCGUUCGCUUUCCUCUCCGCGUGUCAUACCGCACGCGGAUUACCCGAGCUUCCGGACGAGAUGCUGCACAUCACUGCUGCUCUCCAGUGCGCGGGAUUCGGUGCGGUCGUCGGCUCGGCAUGGGCAAUAGCGGACAAGGACGCGCCAUCUGUGGCGAGCAGGUUCUAUCGGUACUUGAUGAAUCAGGGAGGAGAGCUGGAUCCGACCAAAACAGCGGAUGCGCUGAGAGUCGCCAUCACCGCGCUCCGCAGGUCUGGAGUGCCUGCACAUCGGUGGGCACCGUUCCUGCACGUCGGCAUAUAAUUCGGUCCACAUCGUACGUAUACAUUGCACAUUUGGAUACCGUGGCUGCCGUCUCCAUCGCGAC